AUGGCCUCGCUUGUGAGUGUGGUGCUGCCAAGCUCCGGCAACUGGAGUUCACUGGCACGCUCUCAGCUGGAGGUCCUGCAGUCAUUGGUAAAGAAGCAUUUGGAGGAUCCUUCGCUUACUGAUAUUGCAAGUGCGGAUGAUUUCGCGCUCACGUCAACAGAACGCGGGAUUCCGAGAUACGAGCAUUCUCACUUGGUUGCCGCUUUAGAUGUCAUUCUGGAGUAUCAGCGAAACCGGAAGACUACCUACUUCACGGUUCUUGGGACUCGUGCACAGACGAGUAUUGGAACAUAUCGACAUGAUCCUCGUACCCGGCUUAUAGAGCUCCUGAAGCGCUGGCUGCGGACGCAUGCUGCCAACCCAAAUAUCACAGAGGACGAGGUCCGUCGCAUGUGCGGGCUUUGCCGUGAUUUGCUGAACUAUCCGAACCUGUUCCCAUCGAGAAACAAGACUAGCUUCAUGCAUGCGCUGAGUGAAGUCUAUGAGCACAUGGAGCUUCAGUUGCGUCAAGUGUUGGAGCGCGACAGAACUUGUGCUGAGCUCGCUGCCCGGUGUUUGUCUCUGAGUCGCAACCUGAUUUCGGACGUGGUUGCGUUCCUACUGCUUGCGGCCACCCACCUGACGCAGACUGACAGCUUGCCAUCCCUUGAGGUGGUCGUGCUUUGGCAGUCUCUUCCUACAAGUCGCAGCCCUUUGCCAAGUCGUGCUGACCCUCAGCUACAGAAAGCCAUGCAGGAUGCUUGGCAGACGAUGAUUGGCUCGCUGGUCGUGAACUUGCUGAGCCUUCGCUGGACUUCUCACCUGUUCGCUGGAAAUGGAGCAGAGGAGGAGAUGCUGCAGCUUGCACAUGCUGCGCCAGAAGGUUCCACAGCUUUGGCCGAGAGCCCUUCCGAGUCUCUACUUGCACAGGUAAGACGAGUGCGCGAGGAGUUCGAGGCGGGGCACUUCAAGACCAGCGGCUUGGCAGGACCAUUUCGGGAGGCGUCGCAGCAGGAUGCUAGGGAGAACCUGCUAAUUGCAGUUGAGUCCCUCUUUGACCUGCUGUACUUGAUCGGAGAGGUCCUGUCGCAGUUCCAUCGCAUCAGCGACAGCUUGGGCGACUACGGAAUGAUCCGGGUAGCUUUGUGGCUACACCCUUGUCUAGACAGCAUGGUGGAGAAGCUGCAGCGCCUCCAAGGAAGCCUCAAAGGCCUCAACAGAGCAGUGGACUCGGAGUUGGUCAUCGCAAAGGCGCGAGGAAGAAGCUUGAAGAAGCCACUGCCAUCAGAGCGAAUGUCAGCCCGUGGCCACGCCGCGAUCCAGCGUGCUCUUGACGGACGGGACUGCCACUUAACCGCUCUGCUGCAGAGUUUGGAGGAGCUCAAAUCGCAUUCCUCCCCUGAGAGACUUCCACAUGUAAUGGAAGGUCUUGGAGACGCCUGUUUGCAGCUCCAGAACGUGCUGUCAUCCGCGCAAUUCCGCGCACGUGUUGGAGAUGCGUUUCCGCGGUUGCCUCCUUUGGCCAACAUGGGCCGAGCAAGCAGCAGACCUGCGCUUCAGCUAGAAAAUAACGCUGGGAUCGAGGAUGACGCUCCUAUGGGCGACUACAGUGAGCCAGAGGAAGACCAGGCCACAAGCGCCUGCAUUCCAAGCUACGGUGCCCGAUGCGGUCCCGGAAGGGGCAGGACCUACUCUCCACGACAGAUGGCAAGCCAGGCAAAGGACACUACAGCAGUUGCUGUGUCACUGCCUCUCCCAGAUGGCAGCAGAGAGGACAGCCCUGAAAAGCUUGCGUUUCAGUCCUGUCUCUUCUUCGCUCAGGGCUCGUCCCGGAGGAGUGGCAGUGUGCCCGCAGCGAUUCGGGCGACCUGGCGGGCAUUUUGCGGACUCAAGGAGCCGGCUAUGCUGCCGGUGUCCGCAGCACCACCAGCGUUGCCUGGCCCUCCUGAUUCCAGUAUGCCAGCGGACUUGGUGACUAAUCUUCCCAACGAUGGCUGGAUUUCGCACACGGGUCCUGGAGGGCGUACAUCCUGGCACCACAAGUCCCUGGGGCCUGCGCCGUGGGAAGGACGUCCUAUGGAGGAUCACCCAACGCCAGCAAGCGCCGCAAGCGCGCUUACAGUGGCUGAUGCGAAUACGCUCGGCUCAUCACGCGAACAGAGACGCGACACCAAUCCCUUCUCGGAAGAUCUCGGUCAGGAUCGUGUUGAUGCUGACACCGGGAGAAGUAGUCAGGCUCAUAGGACAUCUGCGCGAGACGUGGAUGCCCUGUCCCCCUUGUCUUUCGGAGUUGAUCGACGCAGCACUUCGGCAACCCUCAUAGGUGCCGAUUCGAACAUGUCCCUGCCACGAGACAAAGACUCGAUCAGGACCUUAUCCACAGAGCUCACACCGGCAAGUAUGCCGCAAGUGGCACCACCCAGGCAUAUGCCGGAGUUCCCAGACACGCCUUCCACAGGUUCCAGGCUGUUGGGUGCAUCCGCCGCGACCGGCAAAAUGGUGCCUGGUGACGGACAUCAUGGCCAGGAGCCGCAUGUCGUCGGUUCCGGAAAGGCACCGGCGACUCCUUUGGCCAGCUUGAGCAAGGGAAGUCUUCGUGCUGAGGUGCACAGACUCACAACAGGCGUUCAGGGAUGGAAGCGACACGACUCUCGCAGUCUUUUCAUAACUGGCAGCCAGCUGCUCAUUUAUGAGAAGGGCUCCACGGACCAAGUCAAGACUGUGGUUGACAUUGGAGCUGGCGAGGUGGAGAGGUGUUGCUUGGUCGGCACGGGGAUCAUGUCGCUCCAAGUGCAGCGCAAGAAACGACGAUCGUCUAGCCUUGGACGCUUCACUUCGCCACGCCGAUCAGGUGCAGCUAGGUCAGAGGCUCGUGAGCAGAAGUUGUACUUCUUUGAGUUCGACGAUGCUGCUGCGGCUCGAGAGUUGCUUGGCCGGCCCACGACUUUGGUGAACGGUUGUGCUUGCGGUAGUUGCAGACAAUCUGUUUCGACGAUGUACCGUCCCGAAGAGGUUUUGCGAUGCGCUCUCCAGUUUGCAGCAUCUGCCGAACAGAUGAUGGACGAAAAACACUUGCGAGAUGUUGGCUUCUCCGCUGUCCGCUGCAAUUUGUGCAACGGUGAGAUUAAAGCUGGCUUUUUCGUCGUGGUGAUGCAGUGCAAGCACACCUUCCACAAGGAGGAGUCAAAGCCCGAUACUCGGCGCCCGCGAGAGCCCGUACCGGUGAGCGAGCCCACAACCCGUGAGGAGUGGUGCCUGGGAUGCGAGCUCAAGAUCGGUUUUUUGGACAUCUCCGGCCACUUCCAGCUGACUGGAUCCGGAGCGAUCUACUACUACAACACCAAGACUGGGGUGUCACAGAACGAGGCCGGCGAGGCCACGGAUGUCUCCGGCGCACGCUUCUAUGUCCCAAUCCAUCUUGUCGAAGCAGCCUGGUGUUCGACCGUCAAGCUCGACGGCGGCGGCGCUGCUGACUUCACAACAACACCGGAUGGGCUGAAGAUUCUUGAUUUGGCGCCCGGCAAAGGUGAUGAGUGUUGUGCACAAGACGAUAUCGUGCUGGUUGACUGGAGCCUGAGGAGAAGCAAUGGCUACUUUGUGGAUGCCUCCUUUGGGUUUGAUCCGGGAAGAGGCAUAGACGAGAAGUUUGGUGUAGGUUCGCCUGAGUUGCGCUUCUCGCCCGUCGGGGACAAAGGCGACAAAGUUAUUGAAGGUGUCAAGAAGGCACUGAUCGGUAUGCGAGUCGGGGGAACCCGACGGGUCAUCGUCCCUCCUAAGCUUGGUUUCGUUUCUGGAGAACUGGCGCCCAAACCAAACGAUUGGGGGCGACAGCGCCAGAUCGAGCGCUUCAAGAACAAGAAUUGGGUCAUCGAGCUGCGUUUGAAGGCUCUGCGAAAGUGA